AUUCGUGUUGAAUCAAGUGUUGACUUUUGGUCAACGGACAUGAAGGUACAAGUUCAAAACUUCCAAGUCCAAGAAAUUCACAAAGGAAAAAGAAGAAGAAACAGAUUAGUAUGACACUAGUCUCUCUUCUCGACUUACCUUUGUUCUUCGUUAUCUUCAUCGUUGCCUUCGUUCGCUCAGACCUGCUUCCCCAGGGUGUUCAUCCUAUAGAUGAGGAGUACUUUGUGUCAGAAGUGAUAAAAUGCAGGGACGGAUCGAAAUCGUUCACCAGGGACCGUCUCAACGACAACUAUUGCGAUUGCGUUGACGGGACCGAUGAGCCUGGAACUGCAGCUUGUCCAGGAGGCAAAUUUUAUUGCAGGAAUGCGGGGAGUGUACCUAAUUUCAUUUUUUCUUCUCGCGUUAAUGAUGAUUUUUGUGAUUGCUGUGAUGGAAGUGAUGAGUAUGAAAACAGGAUCCGUUGUCCCAAUACAUGUAUCAUGGGUGGGACUGUUGAACACAAGUCUGAAAGUAUUGGAAUCUCGGUUCAUAAGGACUUGGAAAUUGAUAAUGUUGAUGUAAAAGAAACCAAGAAUGGUGUCAAUUUAAAGGAAUUGGUUCAGACGCUUGAAGAUGUCUGCUGUUGGGUUUUUGAUGGUCCUGUGGGUAUCGGAAAAGCAUGAUAGAUCUAGGAAACGCUGAUUUUGAUGAAGGAAAAAGAAUCAACUUUUAGCUCACUGUUUGAUUUUGGGUAAUAGUCCUCAAAGUACUUAUCUUGUUUUGCUUUUUCGGAUAGAAUUUUGUGUGCGCCCUUAUGUAUGUUGUUUCGUGGCGUUUCAGGCUAUAUGAUAUGCAUGUGUUCUUCUCUUGUUUCUGAUACAUUGCGUUCCUCUGUUUCCCUUGUCUCAACCCAAAAAGGGGCCAGACAUUAUCUGGAUGUUGAUUCCAUUAGGUUUAUAAAGCAUCAAUCUGAGAAACAUGAGGAAAAUUCAUUCUAAUGCACUGAAGAGGUUCAAGAGGAUGAAGAAUUCUCCCAUGCAAAAAUAGAAGCUUUUGUAUGUUGUUGUAGUGAAGAAAUUGUUGAAUUUCUUUGCUUUGCUACUACUAGUCUGGUAUGAACGAAGAAGAGCUGCUUGAUUAUAUUCCCUUAAUUAUAUGCGGAGUGAAAUGUCAGUUGCAGUUGUGUCAACCAAGCUUCCAAAAUUCUUAUCCUUUCUCCUCCCAUUGAAUCGUGUCCGCUCAAUUUCCUCACCUGCAUUUCAUACUGUUGAAGAAACCAUCAGAGCUGCAGUUGAAUCCAAGACUUACGAACAGAUACCUGAUCUUCUAAUUUCACUAAAACAAAUUUCCCAAA